AUGCCGAAUGAUCACGAUAGGUCUGCCUUUAACGAGGCGUAUUACGCAGGAUUGAUCGGGCCGGCCCGUGUUCGUUAUCAAGAAAAAAUGGAACUGUGCGACGAUGUGGACCCUUACACGCUGCGACCGGGUGUGGAUACGACGAUGGACGUCAGCGCUUUCCCCGAGGUCUCGCACGGAGACAUUGUUAACUACUUGGUGUUUUCUUCAAGCUUCGCGACACUGGAGGAAAUCAAGGCCUAUAAAUCGCUUGAAUCGCACAACUAUUUUACAAGCGGUUGGGUGAAGACACUGUCCGCGAAGCGGCUCCAAGGAGAAAAGGUGCUGCUGCUAGGAGAGGUGAACCACUCACAACGACUGGGUGAACGACCACUGAAAGUGUGGAUCCUUUGUAAAUCCAGUGGUGUCGUGCUGACUGCGCAUUGCACGUGUAUGGCUGGUGCGGGAGAAGCCUGCUCACAUAUCGGUACUUGUUUGUUUGCUGUUGACAGUGGCGUGAGGAUGAGGAACUCUGUUAGCUGCACUCAAAAAAACAACAUUUGGCUUCCUACUUAUGUGGAAAAGGUCCAGUUCAAAAGGAACCAGUACCCAAACAGGAAGCACAUCUUCGAAAUUUGUAUACAGAUGAUGCUUUGGCAGAUGGCCUCAACACCCUUGUUGACAAGGCCAACCAGUUUAUGA